GGCAGAGGAGUCACGCGGUCGGCGGAGCGCGUCGAGGUUACGUUUUGGUGCUCCAGAGGGAAACCGGAAACCGCUAUAUUGGAGAGGAAGCGGGAAAGCGGCGUGCCGCUCUUCUGUGUGCCGCGACAGAGGCGUUCGUCCGAGCCUGAAAACAAUGAAGAGAUGAUCGCGAGUCUGUCAAUGAACGGCGGCAGCGGAGGGCCGGUGAACCGCGUAGGUCGUGGAUUGGCCCUUCACAGGUCCAAUUCCAGUCUGGAGCUUCCACACAGUCCGGAUCCUGCCUCCCGGGUGCCAGAGACGCCUCUGAGAAGGGAGUAUGGUUCCCAUGGAAGCAUCGAUGUAGUGGCGCAGUCCAUCACAGGCGGCGAGAAUUUCUUCGCCAUGCUGCAGGACUUUCGACCGUCAGAGCAGCGCGGCGUCGUCGCCGCUGACUAUUUGCGUCGCGUUCAUCAACAAGACGGGUCUAGCCAGCCGCUCGACGUCGACGAGGUCUGCGGCCCGACCGGCGCCGGUUCCAGUCCGAAGCUGCGGCUGAAGCUGAACAGACUGUGGAGCAGUAAGCCGCCACGGGCGAUGGAGGAGACGUGCACCAGUCCGGUGGUAUCGGCCGACGUGGAAGAGCGGCAUCGGAGACGUGCGUUCGCUCAUUACGACUGCCAGUCGUUGACGGCGAAUCUAGGCUACGCCGCGAAGCUCCGGGGGAUUCUCUUGGCCAGAAGAAGAAACACGGCCACCGGAGCGUCCGCUGCCAGUGCUCUGAGAGCAUCCACGCCUGACGAGACCCCCGAGGAAGACGCCGGCGAUGGAAAAGGUAAUGACUUGUUGGAGUCGUGUCCCUUCUUCCGCAACGAGAUCGGCGGCGAGGGGGAACGCGAGGUUGGCCUCACUCGCUGCUCUCAGGGUAACGGAAUUCACAGACCAUCGUUGUCUUACGGUGUCUCCGUCCUGGAGCCCCUGCCCGGUGAGACUUUGUGGAAGAAUACUUGUCCACUACAGAAACGGCCCCUGCCCAUCGAGAGCGUCGAUGAAGGGGCCUAUUACUAUCGGCGAUACUUUCUCGGACGAGAGCAUCAGAACUGGUUCGGCAUGGACGAACAGCUGGGACCGGUGGCUAUCAGUAUCCGCAAAGAUGUCAAUCAGUACCGCGUGAUCGUGCGCACAUCGGAAUUACUAACUCUACGUGGCUCUGUGCCGGAGGAGGCCCUCGGCAUUAGGCCGCAAGGCCGACCGCCUACAAGGGAACUCCUUGAGCUAGUUGCGCCGGAGGUACAAUUGGGCUGUUUGAGGCUCGGCACGCCUGCCGCCGAGGAAGCGCUAGCCAGGUUGGAUGAGCAGGGAUUGUCCAAUAAGUACAAAGUUGGCGUGCUGUAUUGUCGAUCCGGCCAGAGGUCCGAAGAAGAGAUGUACAACAAUCAGCACGCCGGUCCGGCCUUCCUGGAGUUCUUGGACACCAUUGGCCAAAGAAUAAGACUGCGAGGAUUCGAGGGUUACAAGGCUGGACUGGACACCAGAACUGACUCGACGGGUACACACGCUGUAGCGGCGACGCAUCGCGGAACGGAAGUCACCUUUCACGUGUCUACCAUGCUACCCUUCACGCCUAAUAACCGGCAGCAGCUGCUGAGGAAGAGGCACAUCGGAAAUGACAUAGUCACGAUAGUUUUUCAGGAACCUGGUGCGUUGCCGUUCAGUCCACGAAGAAUACGCUCCCAGUUUCAACAUGUAUUUAUCAUUGUGCGAGCCGUAAAUCCUUGUACCGAGAACACGCAAUACAGCGUAGCAGUGUCCAGGAGCAAAGAAGUGCCCAUCUUUGGACCGCCCGUUCCGCAGGGUGCUACGUUCACAAAAGGAAAGGCUUUUGCGGAUUUCAUGUUGGCGAAAGUCAUAAACGCCGAAAAUGCGGCUCACAGAUCCGAAAAAUUCGCCACAAUGGCCACAAGGACAAGACAGGAAUAUCUGAAGGAUCUUGCUACGAACUGUACUACUACCACAGUUGUCGACACAGGCCAGAAAUUUUCGAUGCUCUCCUUCAGCACCAAGAAGAAGACAACGGUGCGACCGAGACUCUCUUGUGACGCAUCUCAACGCGGCGCGAUUUGUUGGCAAGUCGUACUCGAAGACAGCAAUCAAAAUACCGAUUGUUAUUUAGGCAUAAGUAUAGAUACCAUUGUAUUGAUCGAAGAGCACUCCAGACAAAUAGUAUUCGUCACUCCAUGCGUGAGCGUGCUCGGAUGGCACGCCCAAACAAACAGUUUAAGAUUGUAUCAUCAUCAAGGCGAGUGCAUUACUAUACACGUACGCGGUGAUUACGGCGAGAGGGACGAGUUAAUGGAAAUUGUAGCUCGACUGCGUGCCGUAACUCAAGGCGCGCCGGCCUCAGAACUGUCGUUGAAGAGGAACAGUGUCGGACAGUUGGGCUUCCAUGUUCAGCCCGACGGCGUUGUGACGCAGGUCGAAAGUAUGGGGCUGUCAUGGCAGGCGGGCCUGAGGCAAGCAUCCAGGUUGGUCGAGAUUUGCAAGGUAGCCGUGUCGACCUUGAGUCAUGAUCAAAUGGUCGAUCUAUUGAAGACCAGCGUCCAGGUUACCGUCACUGUAAUACCACCGACCAAUGAAGGAAAUCCGCGAAGAGGCUGCACGCUGCAAAACUGUCAUUAUCUGGCGAAUAAUUAUGAAGGGGAUUACGAGAAUGUAACUAGCGCGGAUAACACACCGAGUCAGCAAACGGCGAUGUCGCAUCAACGGCGAUAUGAACGAUCAUUCAGUCCGCCGCGAUCGAGCAACAGCUCCGGGUACGGUACUGGAUCAAGCUCUAGAUCGUUCAACGAUCCACGGUUUCCAUUGGAGGGUACAAUGACUAGCAGCAGUAGCGGACACAGUAGUGCCGAUGAUCGUUGGUACGAGCUUCUGGAACCGCAAGAUCAAGACGGUAAUCACCGCCCGGACGGCACGCCGCCUCCAUUGCCAGUGCGACAGAACUACCAAGCCGUAACACCCAGCAAAUCCGGCCAAAAGAAAGAUAAAACCCAUUACGUCAGCACCAAACAACUUAUGGACAGUUCAAAGCAUCGUGAUCAUAGUCACGAGCAUUAUACGAAAGAGAGCAAUUACGUGUCAUCAAAAAUGAUUCAGGAGAACGCGCGACACGAGAAUUAUCAACGACAAUUAGAAAAUGCACAUCGCGGUCAGGAUCACGUAACGACGAAUUAUGUAAAAUUGCAAAAAGAACGGUACGAGAUUAAACAAGAGAACUUGUAUGCGUCUCAAAGGGAGCUCCAUAAGAACGACGUGCAACAUCACGGCCAUCAGAAGCUUGGCGCAUCAAAUUCUCUGCCAUUGGCUCACAAUGCCGUUUACAGUCUACCAAAAUCAGGCAGCAACAACAAUCUCGGCAGGUACGAGUACGAGCAACCCGGUGGCAAAUAUGACUAUGAGACGCCCACAAAAGCGGAAAGGAAUUCAAAGUACGAGAUGCAGGAGGAGAAAGUAAUCGAACGACCGACGGCCAAGUAUGAGCACGACGUACGAGCUCACGAAAAGAGGAUCGGCUACGAGUACUCGGAGGAUAUUUAUGAGAGGAGAAAUAGCAAGUACGACAUGGAGAUGGCCAAGUAUGAAAUGGAGUGUCAACAUGGUAACGAAAGGAAGCACAGUAACGACAAUAACGGAGAGCACAAUCGAGAUCCCAUAAAAUAUGAAAUGCCGCAUGAUUUUAAAGUAGGCGACAAAGUCACCUGUUUGAAAACCAGCAUGUCAGAGCGACCAGUACCUCACAAAGUAAACGUUGAAUACCGACAGUCGAAGGAUUUUCCAGCAAGCCUACCACCAGAAAUGAGAAUAACUGACGUCAAUUGUUCGGAGGUGACUACGAUGCCCAGCGAGGAUGAGCUUUCGAAUGGCUCAGGUAGCGUGUCGCCGAGAUUGCGACGUGCCAACAAACAUCGCGGCGGCAAUCGUACCCCAUCCAGCGGCAGCUCUAGAAACCAAAGUCCUCGACCCAAGCCUGGUAUGAGAAAUUCGCAUCGGAAUUCCGCGAACUUGACAUCCAGCACAUUGCAGGAAGAUCUCAUGAGAUUGAUCAAUCCUGAUUACAUAGCUGAUGACAACCAGAUCAUUAACAACAAUCUCGUGAAUAGCGUGAUGAGCCCGAAUCAAAAUUCAAAUAAGAUGAACAAUAAUAUGCUGGAAAUUCAAAACAGAUGUAGGUCUAGGGAGAACCUGUGCGGCAACAGUACAUCUACCUUGAGCGUGUUGCCCGCGAAUGGACAGGAAAACGGAAACAAUGGCUCGGAAGUGAUUCUGACGAUGGCUAGGCCAGCCACGGUGAUCUCGAACGCCAGCACUGCCUCGAGUCCAGCGCCGAGCGAAAAUAAGUUGUCGAAAGAGGAAAGAUUAUCGCCGCGUGUCACGAAACCACUUCAUCCAAUUAUGAAAUCGCAUAAUAAUCUAACGCCGAUCAAAGACGUAAAGCCUCAUAACGACACAAAUGUUGACUGUUGGAAAAACCAGCAUGCGGAUUCCAACAGAUCGACGAAGCAGCAUCCUCAAGAAUGGUCCGAUGACAGGCUCAUCGAUGGUUGCAAUUCAAACGCGAAUCCCGUUUCGGACUUGCAGUCUCAUCUAUCCACUCUCGAGCUGAGAAUGGUGAGGGAGACGCGUCUGCGACAGUCGUUGGAGGAUGAGGUGCGCCGAUUGCGCGACGAAAAUCGACGUUUGCAGGAAUCCGAAAGCUUGCGACUCUCCUUAGAAGACGAAAACCGCCGUCUAAAGGAUGAGAAUCACGCAGCCGCGCAGCAACUCCGGCGUUUCACGGAGUGGUUCUUUCAAACGAUGGAUCAUCAAUAAUUAAUAUAAUAAUGAAUUUUGAAUGCUAUUUACACGAAGAUGAAAACAUAUCAUCGCCAAUGUUCUUCAAACAUGAACUAAACGAGUUAUCUUUAUGUUCGAUCGUUAUCAAUCAGAUCGAUAGCAUUUACUUCGAUCGCGUUUUUUUUUUCUCGAUCGCUCGGAUCAUGAAUAUGAUCUUUGUAAGUACAGUAUUAACGCGACCUUCGCCUAAACGUAUAGAUGUAGAAUAGAUCGAUCGGAGACGACCGUAGACGAUUGUGGAGGUGCGUAAACACUGAGCGAAAAUAAUAUAUCCAUAACUCUUUCGGCGAUCUCUUUAGCAUUUUGUAUUAUAUAAAUUCAUUAGAUUCUAUUGUAAAGUAUAAGUUACCAUCGUACUGUUUCCUCUACUCGAGGAUUCGUGCGUUGACAACAGAAUUACCAUCUAGAUCAUCCGACAAAGUAUAUGUCUGGAUAUUCAUCUGUAUAAGAGCAACGUGCUUUAAGCAAUAUCAAUGUUUGAUUUUACAAGAGCGACCAAAUGACCAAAUAUUACUAGCGAGCUAAGGACCGCUUUAAUUCUGUAAUUUAUUACGCAUUUUAUAUUAAUCUUAUAUACAUAUAGAGUAUUAAUGGAAACGUCGCUAAAGUGGAUAUCGACACGAGAGCGACGCACUUUCAGUAAGGAAUUUCUCCUUUGAAAUAAGUGACGAAGCAUAAUUUCCACAUAAUGUACGAAAGUGACGUUUCCUAAAGAUCGUGAGUCUAUCAAUAAAGAGAAAUGUGUACUUUAACGAUAUCUUCAUUCCUGAAAAAAAACCAAAUGUAAAGUAUAUAUUCCCAUGUUUUUGUAACAUAUAAGCGCUCGAAGGGCACUUUACGUACGGGGAUCAAUUGAACUGUUACCACUGGUUAGAAUAAAAUAGUUUAUUGUAAUCCACAGAAAAAAACAAGACA